CCUCCUCUCUCCUCCUUCCCUCUUUCUUCACAAUCCCAGAACCCAAACCCUAGUUUCUCUUCGAAAAUUACCUCCAAAAGAUUCCUUUUUUCGUUCUGGGUUUAGAGAUGGAGAUUCCGGUGAUUAAUAGGAUAAGCGAUUUCGAAGUGGGCCUUAAUUCGAUUAACGAUCCAUCGUUUGUGUCUCGAGCUUUCGCGGUUUCCGGAUUCGGGAAAUUCUAUCACGCUUACAGUUUCUGGAAAUGGGGUGCUUUGAUUAUUGCUUUCCUAGCUUCGUUCACCACAUUAAUCACUAGAAUUAAGAUCUUAAUCCUCAGAUUAAGAAAAAUCGACUUGCCCCUUCCUUCCUCGCCCCUUCUCGACGAUUACGACAGCGAUUCAGAUCUGUCCUGUUCCUCCUCCGACGAAGCCGACACCGACGAAGAAGAAGACGAGGAAGAAGAAAGUUCAGUCUCUUGGAGACGGGUCGACGGAGAUUUCCAUGUGAGAGGGUCCGGUUAUUACAUCGACGACAACGACCAGGGGCUAAGCGGUAAUUUCAUGUGGCGGCGGCGGCGGAGGAGCGGCAGCUUCGGCGACCUCUUCUCGUGGCCGGAUCUCGCCGGGCUCGGCGGAAGCGGCGUCGUCAAGCUCUGGGACCAUCUCGACUUCGAUAAACGCCGCGACGUCUCGGCGGCUCAGUCGUCGCCGGUGGUUCUGGCGGCGGAGGGGAGGGGCUCCGACGCGGUGGAGGUGAGUGCGUGGGACCCUCGCGCCGGGAUCCGGGUGCCGGCAAUGCUGGCGGAGUGGCGGGGGCCGCGGCGGAUGCUCGGGAGGAUCGCCGGAGUUUCCGGCGGUGGAGUCGAGAAGAUCUACGUUAGGGAUGACGUCAGCGGAGAGAUCACGGUCGGCGACAUGAGGAUGGUUAACGCCGCGUUGACGGACCUGACGGAAUCCGACGUGGAUACGUGGUGGGACGCUGACUCCGUCAUAACGGCAGACGUCUCCGUUGACGGGACGCGUUAGCUUUCUUAAGUGAAAUUGCCGGUUCGGUUCGGCGGAAAAUAAGGAAAAAUAAUAAUCACCAAUGGAAGUGAUUAUUACCAUUUUUUGUAAAUAUUUUGUCUGUUUUAUGUUUAAGUAAUUAUAUUUUCCUCUCUUAUUAUUC